UAGUUAAAAAGUAUAUCAUUGUUAUUUACAACAAACAUGACUUUCUACUAAUACGACUCGCGCAUAUGUAAUAAUGAUCGACCAAACAAUCUCGACAGCAACAAGAAUUCCCAUGCAGCUGCCGAUACAAUUGAAAUGUUCAGAGCUAAUUUCUGAGAAAACCACACAGUAAUUUCUGGACUUUGUACGAGUCUGUAACUUAAACAGAAAUAAUAAUACCAGAGAGCUCUUAUGGAAUUUAGCGUUUACCAGUGUCAGAUUUUAAUCAGUUUUUGGAGCUAAUUUACAAGCUGGUUAUCUUAUUCGUUGUUUCGCUCAUAAUAAUCAUUGUUUCACCACUGAGUUUCUUCACUUUACUACCCGGGAUUCGUUGUUCUGAGAUGGUGCUCGUACAAGAAGUAAAUAAUGAAGAGAAUAAAAAAUUGGGCAAAUGGAAAAACAUAAUAACAGGAAAAGAAUACUUGGAUGCGGCUACUCAAGCGUCAACCCGCCACCGCAGUAGUUUCAGAAAUAUCCUGACCGUGAACCGCGUUACGCAGACUCCAAGUUUCACUUCUUGUAAAUACACUUCUGCAUUUUACGACAAAACUAUUCAAACUUCUAUUCUGCCGGAUUUGAGUGACAAACUUUUGACGCCUUCUUCUGCUGCGCGUAAUCGAUUGACCACCGAACUUCAUCGUCUUAGAGCCAAAGAAUUAUUUUCCACUCGUAAAUUUUCCAAGUUGGAAGAGGAGAGUGCAGUAAAAAUUCAAAAAUUUUUCCGAGCAUGUCGAACACGAAUAGAGAUAUCAUCUCUCGCACGUUUCGCGAUUCUGACUCGAACGCAGCCUCCUGUAAAAGAUAAGUUAGUGAGAUUGAACGAAGAUAAGCGGUUUGAGAUAGUCGAGCGGCGAACGCCACGUACUCGCUCUGAUUUUGAGAUGUUACAUAACAUGUUGGACCGAUGGAGAGUACUGGAGAGCGAGCAGGUUGAUCGUAUGCUCUUCGGAAAUUCCCUGAUGGCUGCUAAGUCCGUGAUCCUCCUGAAGGAGAUAGAGCUGCUGCGUUCUAUCGAGUUAUCCAAGUCUAAAGUUCGUGAGGAGUUGAAAGAACGACGAAAUCUUGAGUUCCUGGAUAAAUUGGCUAUGCUCGAGUGCUGGAGGACUCGAGAUGGAAAAUUGAUAAAAGUGGAAACCCAGAGAGUGGCACGGGCACGAAAGUGCAGAUCCUUGUACUUAGCAUUGAUGCAAGUUGAUGAUACUACUGGAAAUGGUUCUGCUGCUGGUGAUAGUGUUAGAACCAGUGUUGGUAAUAGUGUUGCUGCUGGAAGAAUUGACACGCUCGAAAACAUCAAGCAGCUCAUUUACGGACAUACGUGUCAACCUGCCAGAGAGCUAGAGUAUCUCGUGGAUCAAGAGAUUGAAUUCACCAGAAGGAAUUUUGAUUAUUCUGUGAUGAGUCACUUGAAAAAUCGAAUCAAAUUGGCCUUUUUAAAGUUUACCACGCUCUAUUGUCAAGAUGAAAGCCAUUAUGAAUAUCACAACAGAGAUAUUAUGACUUUUUGCCAUCGUUGCGGUAAAUUAUUACCAAUAACUGAGUCGAGUGAAGACGAACCAAGUGUCCCGACGUGUAGCAGUUGUAUAUCAAUGCGCCCGAGCAAAAACCCAAAGAUACUUUACGAGCCGUACGAGCAGAUGCUAAAGGAUUUGCGUAAAUCCGAAGCUCAGAUGGGCUUAUUCGACGGCCUGGCUUUUCACAUUGACCCUCGGGUGCUUCAUCAGCUUGUCAAUUACAUCUGGCACGGGAAAUCCGGGAUCUCCGAAUUCGAUGAUCUCUUUCAAUUACGGCUGCUGCGUUUUCGCCGGGAGGUUGAAUGGUCCCCGUGGAAUUCGGUCCUUCUGACGAAGCGCGAAGCUGCGGUUCAUCAGGCAGUGGCCAAUCCUUGGGACCUCUACGAGACGAGUCUCGUCCAGAAAUUUUUGCUGAGAAAUCUUCAAGCUAAAUUGUACUUUAAUUAUUUAGUCAAGUAA